GGAGCAAAGAAGAGUUCAGAAGUGGGCGGGUGUGUGUUUAAAAAAAAAGGGGGGGUGGAAACCCCACCAGCCAAGUCUGCAGAAAAAAAAUAAAUGAAGUCUGCCUAUCUCCGGGCCAGAGCCCCUCCCCUCGGCCCGCGCGGGAGGAGUGUGACCCAGGUGCCGCUUCCUCUCGCCGCCCAGGGUCAGGAGCCCGGGAGCGCGACCCUCCCCCGGCCCGGCCCGGCCCGGCCCGUCCCAGCGGUCUCUGCCCGGGUUGACGCCCAGGACCGUGGUCGAUGAGAAGCCCUAACAGCACGGCGUGACCCCUCAGCCUCGAGCGUGAUCCAGGGAUGGCCUCCGCCUCCACCACAAUGCACAUUACCACCAUUGCACAUGAGCUCUCAUCACAGAUCCCCACCAUAAUGGAGAUUCCCAUGACUUCAGAGCCUGAUCCAGGGAUGGCCUCCGCCUCCACCACAUUGGACAUUGCCAUCAUUGCAGGCGUGAUUGCCGCUGUGGCCAUCGUCCUAGUCUGCCUCCUCUUUGUCAUGCUGCACUACAUGUACCGGCACAAGGGCACGUACCACACCAAUGAGGCCAAGGGCACAGAGUUUGCUGAGAGUGCAGAUGCAGCCCUGCAGGGUGACCCUGCCCUCCAAGAUGCUGGUGACAGCAGCAGAAAGGAGUACUUUAUUUGACGGACAACAGACUUCACUUCCCUGAAUGCCUCCUCCAGCUCCAUCGGAAAAAUAGACCCCAUCGCCCAGCACCCCUGCUGAUACCACCAGGCAGAGAGAGAGAGCACUUGCUCCUUCCCAAGAUAGGCACCUGGAAACACUAGGUGCCUGCCCAGGGAGGAACGGAGGAGGACUCGCGCUACAAGAGGCCUCUCCCAGAGACCCAGGGAGGCGAUGGACACCCCAGAGGCCACCCUUUGCUCCACGGAGGUGGGAGAAAGUCUGGGCACAUGGGGCCCCCUGGGCAGUGCAGGACAACAUCAGCUCACUGGCAGGAAAGUCCUUGUUGAGGGUGAGGGGGUGCCGGGGUACCCGGGGGCUGGGGAAGCAAGGAAAUAAGUCAUCUGUAUGCUGACUGGGGAUAAUGGCAUCAAAUGUCAGUCCUUGACAUUUGGGGGGAACAGCAGGUGCCAGAGCUAAAAGGUACCUUUGUCUCCCAUUGAUCCAGCUCAGAACGAUUGGAAAUAAAUUUGAAAUGUAACCGAGCA